AACAAAGGCCCGGAGACGUGACAGAGACAAUGUGUUAGUGGGUAAACGGAAAAGAAUCCAGAAAGACAAACUGCUCCUUCCUCACAUUUUAACUAGGAAGGAAAUAAAGCAUUUCUGUGAGGUAAUUUCUUUGAAUUUCUUUUGGUACCUUGCUCCGAGGUCCCUGGUUCUCCUCUGGACAGGUAGAAGGCGUUCAGUAAAUGUUUAUCGUGCUUCCCCCCAUUUCCUUCUCCCUCUGGAGCAAUGCUCUACUGAGUGUAUAAAUUCUGCUACAGUCUGUGUGCAUGCUUUUAAGAGUUGCCUUUGGUCUUACCUCAUUGUGGUCAAGAUCAAGAGUCACCAGUGAGACCGGAAGUGGCUGGUAUGCAGCAGGAGCUCAAAUGCCCAGAGAUGGAGAGGCCUGUGGGGGCUGGGGAGGACUUCUAAAGCGCCUGCUGCCUUUCUGUUGUAAUAUUAAUCCCCGCCCACUUGACACUGGACUGAACCCUGCGUAGUUGUGGGAUGAUGCUGUGCAAACCCCUGACGGUGGCCGGGUAUAUAGCAGGUACUCACUACCCACCAGCUGGACUGGAUCUAGGUCUUGAGUGAUCAGACCUCAUAAGCCUGUCUGACCUUUGAAACAGGACAGGGAAGGACGUGGCCCCCAAUCCUGCUUUGCCUGGUCAGCAUGUGCUAGGUGACCCCGGGUCUCAGGUUCUAAAGCCCAGAGUCAGCUGAACAUGGUGGGAUGGGAUUUUUGCGGGGUUGAGAGCACAGGCUUGGGAACCAAACAGUCUUUGGGUCAAAUCCCAGCUCCCCCAUCUCUAAAAUGGGGAUAAUAAUACCUUUGUGACAUCUUUCUCGUGCUGAGAGCGCUGAGUGGCACACGUCCGUGCCUCCUCUCAGCCCUCAGCCCUCCUCACCCUCUGUGCCCUGCAGCGUGUUCCAAAGAGCAGCCAUGUCCACCCUGUACCCAUCUCUGGAGGACCUGAAGGUGGACCAAGCCAUGCAGGCCGAGGCCAGAGCCGUACCCAGGAUGCCCGCCCUGCCGGGGCAGGGAACAGACUCCCAGCCUUCAGUUUUGUACCCAAACCUGGCGGAAUUGGAAGGUUAUAUUGGUCUUUCGUUCUCCAGCCACGAAGUCCAGCAGAACCUGCCUCAGAUUCCAGAAGGUGCCAGGGCAGCGGUCUCGGGCCCCUCACCGGACCAGGUGGUGGCGCCGGUGUCCGGGAACAGCUUGGGCGUGCUGCCUGGGGAGGUCAAGCCCGGGGUGCGCGAGAUCCACCUGUGCAAGGACGAGCGGGGCAAGACGGGGCUGCGGCUGCGGGCCAUCGACAAGGGGCUCUUUGUGCAGCUGGUCCAGGCCAACACCCCUGCGUCCCUGGUGGGGCUGCACUUUGGGGACCAGAUCCUGCAGAUUGAUGGGCGCAACUGUGUUGGGUGGAGCACAGACAAAGCCCACCGGGUGGUGAAGAAGGCGUCGGCUGAGAAGAUUGUCAUGGUUGUCCGGGACAGGCCAUUCCAGCGGACCGUCACCAUGCACAAGGACAGCACAGGCCACAUCGGCUUCGUCAUCAAGAAGGGGAAGAUCAUCUCUUUGGUCAAAGGGAGUUCUGCGGCCCGCAACGGGCUCCUCAUCAACCACUACGUGUGCGAGGUGAACGGGCAGAACGUCAUUGGGCUGAAGAUUGUCCCCAGCCCUGCUCCACCACACCAUGGACCACUCCAUCCCUGACAUCUGAAGCCACGGGAGAGCAGCUCAGCCCUCUCACCCUCCAGCAGGAAAGGGAGAGUCCUCAGGGGACAGACUGUGGAGGCCUCUGCCCGGGGGCGGGGCUGUCUCGAGGUGGGCGUGUUCUGGGUGGGGCAACAUUGGAUCACAUGGGCCUGUCCUUUAUACACACUGGCCUCCUUGCAGCUUCAGCCUCUUAACUGGGCUAAGGCAGGGGCAGGGCCCACAGGCAGUGAUUCUCUGAGCCGAUUUAAAUGCUGGGCACGUAGGCAGGCCGACUAAACACUUCCUAAAGUUGCAGCUGGGUCCCUUUCAAACUUUUGCCUCUACCAGUAACACAUUUCCACGGUUUGAGAGAACAAAUACAUUUUUUUGGGAGAAUUGUUUCUUUUUCCUUUAGUUGUUCUCUGUCACAAACUGUAUUUAGUUAUAAUCCGUCACUGUCUUUGAAUAAAGAUUUGAUUUUACAUAAAA